AUGCGGGCGGCGCUGCGGGCGCAGCUCGGGUGGGCGCGCCGGGCGCUCCGCGGGGCCGCCGUGCUGGGCCACGCCCCGGGGCCGCUCUGCUGGAGCUGCGGCGCUGCCCUCCCCGGUACCGAUGGCUCGCCGCGCUUCUGCCCCGGCUGCCAGGCUCUGCAGCCGCCGGCACCGCGGCCUGACCUAUUCCGCCUGAUGAACUGUGACCGCUCCUUCCGCAUCGACGAGCGGCAGCUGCAGCAGCGGUUCCGGAGCCUGCAGCGCGCCGUCCACCCCGACCGCUUCGGCCAGAGGCCGCCGAAAGAGCAGUUCUACUCUGAGCAACACUCUUCCCUGAUCAACAAGGCCUACCAGACCCUGCUGAACCCUCUGAGCCGUGGCCUCUAUCUACUGGAGCUGAGUGGAGUGGAGCCAGUACAAGAGACAGACUGUGAUGCAGACUCAGCGUUCCUUAUGGAAAUAAUGGAAAUUAAUGAGAAAAUAGCAGAGCACAAAAAUGAGGAUAGCCUUGAAGAAAUUGAAACUUUAAUUAAAGUUAAACAAGAAGAACUGACCAAAGAGGUGGCUGCAGCUUUUGAAAGAGAUGAUCUUCAGGAAGCCAAGAAGCUGCUAGCAAAAAUGAAAUAUUUUGCAAACUUAGAGGAUAAGCUAAAGGCCAAGAAGGUCCCUUCCUGAUGUUGCCUCCUUUGCUAUUAAGAGUUGACUUUGCACAUGUGAUCUCCUCAGCUUUUCAGAGCACUUUUUUGAGCAUUGGGACACACCACAGACUUCCCCAAAUUAAUUGUGCAAAGUGCACAAUGUUUUGAAAACCAGUUCCUAAAUAGAUACUCGGUAUUGAACAAGAAAGAAAAGAUUUGUUUUUUGUCUCAGGAAUUAUGAGGAAGAUGAAAGCAGCAACAAAGAAGCACUCCAGUAAGAACACCACAAAACAAUACUGCUUCAGUCCAUUCUGAAAAUAAACACGAUUGCAACAUAUUUCAAGUGUAAUAGUAGGUUUGAGAAAAUAAGCUUUUUGUUUCCAUUCACACUUAACAUGCUGCUCUGAUGUUUUUUAAAAAGAGUCAUUCAACCUAUUCUUUACCUGUAACUUUUUAGAUAAAAGACUGUCAAGUGCUGUGCAAUUACUUUUAUUUUAAAAAUAAGAUAAACCAUUGAAACAGUUAAAUGUCACCAUCUAGGGAGAAGUCAACAUUUACUACUUAGCUGUCACAUAUUUUAAGAUUGUAUGAUUUAAGUUUUUCUGAAUGUUAAUAUUUUUCAAUGCUGUAUGUUAAAAAUAAACACAACUGUCUUACUGAGAAGCAGAGCUCAACCAUGAAAAAAGGACAGGCAGAUCCAGAUACCCUGAUGCAUGCUGUUCCUGCAGGUUUUGCUGGCAAGAAUAUGUGCUAAAACUAAAAAUACAAAGCUGGAGAUGAAAGCCUUCCCUAAUAAUCUUCUGUUUAUAGAACUCUCUGUCAGUUCAGGAAGUUCUCAGAGAUAUGACUCACUGGCCACAGGUGUCACCUCAAUGUUACUUUGUCAUAGAAGCACAAGGCACUAUUAAAAAAAUGUUUUAUCUAAAUCUCA